AUGAGGUCAUCAUCGAUGAGAUCGGAGAAUUCAGCGCCAGCAGCCGCCGCCGCUCCGCCGCCCAAUUCUGCGAAAGAUAUGAGUUUGGGCCAAAGUAAUGUAUUUAAAUUGCUAGCUCGGAGGGAGUUAUCCCCUCAAACAAAGAAAACUCCAAAAAGAUUUUGGGUAAAGGUGACCGGUGACCAAGUUGAUUCCUGUUGCUUAAAAAGUGAAAUAGCUAAAGAUGCUAGACAAGAACUUCGAUCGUGGGCUGAAGCCGAGUCAUUACUGCACUUAUCAGCUAAGUAUUGUCCCUUACAGCCUCCACCGAGGUCUACAAUUGCAGCAGCUUUUAGUCCUGAUGGAAAGACACUUGCUUCAACCCAUGGGGACCACACGGUGAAGAUAAUUGAUUGUCAAACGGGAACAUGUUUAAAGGUGUUGACUGGUCAUCGCAGGACGCCUUGGGUGGUUAGGUUCCAUCCUCUUUAUCCUGAAGUUGUGGCAAGCGGAAGCUUAGACCAUGAAGUUCGUCUGUGGGAUGCAAAGACUGCAGCUUGUAUUGGAUCACGGGAUUUUUAUCGUCCAAUUGCUUCAAUCGCUUUCCACGCCCAAGGGGAAUUUCUGGCGGUAGCUUCAGGCCACAAGCUCUAUAUAUGGUACUACAGCAGGAGAGGGGAAGCUUCGUCACCAAUGAUUAUUCUGAGAACACGACGCUCCCUUCGUGCAGUGCAUUUCCACCCGCAUGGUGCGCCAUUACUUCUAACUGCUGAGGUUAAUGAUCUCAACUCGUCGGACCCCACAAUGACGAUCGCGACCUGCGCGGGUUACUCACGCUACCCCCCUCCCACCAUAUACGUCGCAGACCCCAACCCUCCAUAUCAUUCAAACUCAGGAAAUGAGUCGCCGUUUGUUUCCAUGCCUUUUCUAAUAUUCCCUUCAGUCGGUCGAGGUGAGUCGGGUCCCACCUCCCAACAGCAGGAUAUCCAGCCGCAGAGAGCUGAUUCCUCAACCUCCGUUCGGCUCCUCACAUACUCAACUCCUUCUGGACAGUACGAACUCGUUCUAUCCCCAAUCCAAUCUCCCGCUCGAGAAGAACCUCAAAAUAAUAUCAAUAAUGAUGAUAGCAAUAACAAUACCAAUAAUAGUUCUUUACAUAGAGAAACAGAUAAUUCUUCGACCUAUCAGCCUUCUGCGAAUGUCUCCACGGAGAUAGAUAGGCAAGCCGAGGAAGCAGCCAAUCAGUUCUUUCCAUUCGGUGACCCCACGCAUUGGGAGCUCCCAUUUUUGCAAGGAUGGCUUAUUGGUCAGAGCCAGGUGGGCCAACAGGCAGCUGAGGACCUAUCUUCUUAUGGUGCUGUGGGCGGCCCAUCUCCAGUGCUUCCGCCGGAAGUUCCUCAUGGAAGUUCUAUUCCAGGAGUUUCCGGAAGAUCAGGUUUGCGUCAGCGGAUUUCACAGUCUCACACCAGGCUGGCGGCUACAACUGGUGGCAAUCCUGGCAGUGCAGCGGCCUUUGGCAGUAUUCCGGUUGAGCAGGGUAGUGCUCGGGCUUUCGUAGGUCCGGCCCAGCCUGAGGCAGCCGCUGAGUUGCCUUGCACCGUGAAGCUUAGGAUAUGGUCUCACGAUGUGAAGAACCCUUGUGUUGCUCUUGACGCGGACAAGUGUCGCUUGACAAUCCCCCAUGUAGUACUCUGUAGUGAAAUGGGUGCUCAUUUUUCACCUUGCGGGAGGUUUUUAGCUGCUUGUGUGGCGUGUAUUCAGAUUAACACCGAUACUGAUCCAGGUUUACAAGGCCAGGUUCAGCAUGAAUUUAUGGGGGCCUCAACUUCUCCAACUAGACAUCCUAUUGCAGUUCACCCAGUGAUAUAUGAGCUGAGAAUAUAUUCCCUUGAGGAAGCUACAUUUGGUUCUGUUCUAGCAUCGAGGGCUAUCAGAGCUGCUCAUUGCUUGACUUCAAUACAGUUCUCUCCUACCUCUGAACAUCUGUUAUUAGCCUAUGGUAGGCGCCAUAAUUCGCUUCUGAAAAGUGUUGUGAUUGAUGGAGAUACUACUGUAUCAAUAUACACAAUUCUGGAGAUCUAUAGAGUUUCUGAUAUGGAACUUGUGAGAGUUCUUCCCAGCGCAGAGGAUGAAGUUAACGUGGCUUCAUUCCAUCCUUCAGUUGGUGGUGGCUUUAUAUACGGAACCAAGGAGGGAAAACUAAGGAUUCUUCAGUGCGAUUCAUCCCAUGGCUUAAACAAUGACGGUUCUCGUGAUCUCGGUAACAACAUGCCUGAGGUUCAGAGGUAUGCCAGUGAAAGCUGA